GCCCUCCCCUCCCGUCCUGCCCGUGCCAAGCGGGCUCCAAGAACUUCCAAAAACAAGCGCUGGCAGAGGGGAGGGCGAGGAAAACCGGGGCAGAGGAGCCUUUUCCCCACCUUUGCAGGGGCUGCCCCUUCUCCAGCCGCCGGCCGCUGGGUCCGCGGCUGCGAUGUGUCAGCAGUGCCGAAAACUGCCUUAUUAGGAGAGAAACUAUCGGGGAAAAUCAGUUCUUUGCUGAAAGGCGCUGCUCCCAGCCCAGGGCUGCCUGUGAGUGCCAGCCUGCGCUCAUUCCUCAGGGAAUGACGAGACAUGAGCUCAGCAGCGUGGCCGAGAGGGACCUGAUGGCACAGCCCGAGCCCCCUCCAGAGCUGCAGCUGGAUGAAGCCAGAGCAUCCCCAGCCCCACACGGAGCAGCUGAAGGAGCUGCUCCACACCCAGAAGGUCCUCACAGCCCGUUGGAUCCAGCAGGGAACGGAUCUAAACCCCUGCACAGGGGCAGCCCGGGCUCCAGCCAGGAGCUGCAGGCUGCCAGCAGGGAUCCUUCCAUGGAGAUAAACACCCCAGGGACUCAGCUGGAUGAGGGUGCAGCCGGGGCUGGGAUCCCGCUGGACGUGGAUGAAGGUGGGACAGGAAUCCCCCUGGACGUGGAUGAAGGUGGGACAGAAAUCCCACUGGACGUGGAUGCAGACAGGGUAGAGAUUCCACUGGACGUGGAUGAAAGUGGGACAGGAAUCCCACUGGACGUGGAUGCAGAUGGGACAGGAAUCCCCCUGGACGUGGAUGGAGGGACAGGAAUCUCACUGGACAUGGAUGAAGGUGGGACAGGGAUCCCUGUGGGUGAGGAUACGGCAGGAAUUCUGCUGGACGUGGAUGCAGGUGGGACGGGGAUCCCUGUGGAUGAGGAUACGGCAGGAAUUCUGCUGGACGUGGAUGCAGGUGGGACAGGGAUCCCGCUGGCCAUGGACACAGACAGGGCAGGGAUCCCAGACAGUGCAGACGGGGCAGGGAUCCCGCUGGACAUGGACACAGAGGGAGCAGGCAGCCCUCUGGACGCUGAUGCCCCAGAGCACCGGUGCCUGACCCUGGAGGAGCUGGGGAAUUAUUUCCAGGAGUGCAUUGAGGUCGUGGAGCAGCUGGAGAGGGAGAGGGACAGGCUGAUCGCCGAGCUGGCGCAGCUGCGCGAGCCGGCGCUGCGCGAGAUCCGCCAUGCCCACGAGGAGAUCCAGGCGGCCUGCAGGCUGCUGGCCAAGGUGGAGCUGGAGAGGGACAACCUGCGGGAAGACAUCCGCCAGAUCAAGCAGAAACUCUUCAAGGUGACCAAGGAAUGCGUGGCCUGCCAGUACCAGCUGGAGAGCCGGCGGCACGACCUCUCCCAGCACGCCGCCUACCAGGGCGAGCUGCAGAGCCAGGCGGGGCAGCUCUCGGGGGAGCUGUCCCAGCUGAAGGAGACCUGCGAGAAGGAGAAGGAAGUUCUGAGGCAGCGCCUGGAGGCUCCUCCCUGCCGCCAGGACAACCUGUACCUCCAGGAGAGCCGCAGGUUGUCCCUGGAGUUCGAAAGCUUCGUGGCCCAGAGCCGGCGGGGGCUGGAGGAGCACUACGAGCCGCAGCUGCUGCGGCUGCUGGAGCGGCGCGAGGCCGGGGCCAAGGCGCUGCAGGAGAUGCAGGGAGAGAUCCAGGGCAUGAAGGAAGCCCUGAGGCCCUUGCAGGGCGAGGUCAGCCGGCUGAGGCUGCAGAACCGAAGCCUGGAGGAGCAGAUUGUCCUGGUCAAGCAAAAAAGGGAUGAGGAGGUCGGGCAGUACCGGGAGCAGGUGGAGGAGCUGGAGGACAGGCUGAAGGAGCUCAAGAACGGGGUCCAGCUCCAGCAGCGCAAGAACCAGGAGCUGGAGGAGCUCCGGAGCAGCCUCCAUCGGGAGCUCUCCAUCUACAAGAGCUGCUUAGAAAUCUACGGCCACCUCUGCAAAUCGGAGGAAAAAGCAGAGCAGGACUCUUAGAACCACAGAACUUUCCUCGUGGUAGCAAAAACCAGUGGCCAGAGGAUCCAAGGGAUGUCUCCUCAUGCUGCUUCACCCUGCCUGAUGUGCAGCAGCUGCCUGGAGCUGGGAAUACCAAUCUUUCCCCUGGGUAUUUCCCCAGGUGCUGCUGCUCCUGUAGUAAAACUGCUUUUCCCCAGAGGAGCAGAGCAAACCAUCUUUGUACUGAACGAUGGAUGAGGAAAUAACUGAUUGAUGUUUUGCUGUGUUUGGGAUGAUGCUGUCUUGUUCAAGCCCGCACAGAAAAGUUCUGGAAGCUGGUGUUAGGGGGGAUUUGACUUUUAAAGUUUACAUGCAAGAGAAGCUUUCUCCUUUGAAGAGGAUUUUCUUUUGUAUUUCAAGAGUUUCUGCUGUACUGGGGGCGUGCUCCACAGAAAUGAGGUGGUGGGGAAGAGGUUUCCACUUGAUAUCGAGUCUCACACUGAAAAUAAAAGGUCAGAGUUUAA